AAAUAGUAAAAUUUGUAAAUCAAAAUGGAGCCAAAGCGUAUACUACCCAAGGCACAUUUGGGUAACAACAAUAAGAAAGGUGCACUCGCUGGCCUUAUACAAAAUGCAAGUACGAAAAAACGGCAAUCCUCAAGACGACGCUACUUUUGCCGGUGUUGCUUGGUCGCUUUUUCGCGCUUUCUCACCUGCAAGACGCAUGAACAGCUGUGCGAUGCUCGCAUGGAGCGACUGCACAUGUGCAAAUACUGCCUAACGCUCUUUGAUGAUGAGGAGCUGCGCCAGCGGCACAUGCAACGCAAACACACCGACACACGCUACAUGUGCCUGCAAUGCGGCACAGCGGGCAAACGUUAUAGCUCCCCGGUUUUUCUCUAUAAACAUGUCGUAUCUUGGCAUGGCGAACACUCGCUCUUUUACUGUGGAAUGUGUGCCGACGACAGCUGCAACGAUGCCCGCGCGUUUAGCUCGAUGAGUCGCCUAUUGGAGCACGCCGAGAACGAUCAUCAGGUGCAUAUUAAUUGUGAUGGCAGUGUGGUGGACGAAACGGAGGAUCUGGAAAUGCUGGAGGAGAACAUCGACGAACUGCUGCCAAUGCUAGACUGGGACGAUGAUCUCACGUUCGGCUGGCCCAUGGACCUAGACAAAGAGUCGUGCAUUGCCGAUCCCAAGCCCAAACCCAGUGCAUAUGUGUGUCCCAUUUGUGCAAAUGGUUUCACUGGCGGCAUCAGCCUCUUAAACCAUGUGGAGCAAUCGCAUCAACGCAAUCCACUCGAUUGCAUAUUCUGCGGCAAAACGCACAAAAAUCGAGAGGCAAUUCGUGCCCAUCUUCAGCGUCAACAUGUCCUGUUGCGUGCCCACAUUUGUUCCGAAUGCCAGGCGGACUUCACCACGGCCGAUCAUCUGCUGAAGCAUAUGCGCAGUCAGCACAUGCAACGCACCCAUCAUGUCUGUCCAGAGUGCGGCAAGGCGUUUGCCCAGAGCAUUCACCUGACGGAGCAUCUGAUGUCGGAGCGUGGUCACAUCAAGCACAUCUGUCAACUGUGCAACACGCAGUUCUUUCGAUCCAUUGACCUGUUGCGCCACAAUCAGCUUAAGCAUAACUGUCAAGAACAAUAGUCAACACGAUAACAGCAGCGUCCUCGUGCCGUUAACAGUGGUUUAACAGAGAGACAUCGCUUAGCAAUGACACGAACCCAGCACACGACACGCAGCUGCAGCAGCAGCAGCAGCAG